CUCGUCACAGUCAUAAGUCAUCCAUGGAGACUUUUAUAUUUCGUGAAGAUUCUCUGCAAGCCUUGGCAGAUGCCAGCCUAUAAAUUUGUCAAUAAGUAGACCAGUUGAUUACCUAAUUAAUUCCCGCCAUGGAGGUUGCCUUGUCUGCAGUUGCAGGUGAACUAGUGAGCCGUUUCAUCUCCUUCCUGCUAAACAAGUACCAUUCUAGCCGUCUACACUCGCAGGAGAAGGUGAUGGAGAGGUUGCAUCAUCUCCUGAUGAGAGUUUGCACCAUCGUCGAGGAGGCCGACACCCGGUACAUAAACAACUCCGGGAUGAUGAUGCAGCUCAAGAUGCUCUCACAGGCCAUGUACCGAGGAUACAGUGUGGUGGACAACUCGAAGUACCAAGCUCUCCAAGACGGUGCAAGCUCUGACGAGGUUAGCAGCAACGACUCAUCUACCUGGAGCUUGUAUUUAGCCAAGCGUUCUCGAACAACUAAUAAGGCCACGCACCUUGAGUUGCAUUGUGCCUUGGAAAGCUUGGAAAUUGUUGUUGCUAACAUGGCAGAAUUUGUUAUCCUUCUGGGUGGAUGCGAGCGCAUGUCUCGUAGGCCAUACGAUAUUUAUCUUUACAUAGACAACUUCAUGUUUGGCCGGCAUGCUGAAAAGCAAAAGCUCUUGAGCUUCUUGCUGCAUCUCGACCCUCUUGGUGAUGAUGCACUGGCAGUUCUUCCGCUCAUAGGUGGUGCAACAACUGGGAAGAAAACUUUGGUUGCUCAUGUGUGCGGCGAUGAAAGGGUUCGCGGGCGCUUCUCCUCUAUAUUGCACUUGAAAGGAGACAACCUUUUAAGAAUACUUGACCACGGAAGGACUAUGAAAGGGAUGAUGUUGAUCGUUAUUGAGUUUGUUUCUGAUGUAGAUGAUGAUGACUGGGAAAGGUUUCACUCAUUUCUCAUGCGAAUUGGAAGAGGAAGCAAGAUCAUCAUUGUAAGUAGAAUUAAAAGUUUAGCCCGGUUUGGAUCGGUGAAGCCGAUAUUCUUAAGUGCUCUAUCUCAUGAUGAGUUGAGGUACCUUUUCAAGAUAAUGGCAUUCGGAAGCGUAGACCCGACAGAACAUCCACGGCUCCUUCAGCUCGCAGAUGAAUUUGCCAAGGUGUUGCAUAGUAUGCAAUCUUCACUUGUCGAAAUAACUGUGUUUGCAGAUGCGUUAAGGAGGAGUCUGCAUGUUCAAUCUUGGUGUUGCAUAUUGGACAAGGGGAGAAGGUUCUUUAAAAGGAACCUCUCCAUGUAUGGUAUGCAGCCAAGAAUAGCGCUCCUAGAACAAGGCCAUCCAGUGGACAUAACGGAUGUUACUUCGCAUCCACACAGCAUGGCACCUUAUACAAUGAAUACUUCAGUCGAGAAACCGCCAAGUGUGACUGCUGCGGAACUUCUAACAGAUCCUAGUGUUAGACCAAAAGGAGACUUCAUUCUCAUUUUAUGGGAAUCAAGGAUACCCCCGCAUGAAUCAUUUGUUUAUUUCGUUACAAGUCGUGCUCAGGAUAAACAUCAAGGUAGCACCUUGGCAGGGAGGAAGCGACGAGGAGUGCCGGUCUAAUUUUGUUUCAGAACUCUUGUAAUGUAAAUCUUGUUGUAUUUUUUUAAUUCAGAAUAAACGGAUGUGUUCAUGUAUACCAGUGAAGUAAUAAAUUCACUAAUGAUUUCAGUUAACGUACCAUAAACUUGUACAUUUUAUCAGAUCCAGCAAUCCACCACCUGCUCUUUUUAGAUAGCGAACCAACGGCAUCAUCCAAUGUGACAGUACCGACUACCACUCCUUACUAUCACUAGCGAGUGAACUCUAAGUAAAGUGACUUACUAAUUAUAUGUUGUGCUGUUGCGUGGAUGUGGAAUGCACGAAAACUUGGAUCAGGUCAGAUUACAGUUGCAACUGCAGGAUAAGAUUGGAUUAAGAAGUCUGCUAGGCGCCGGCAUCCUUCCCAGGCUGAAAGCAGAAAAUUCUGAUAAAAUUUCAGAAACGGUCGGAACGAGCAUCUGAUGAUAAUGAUUUAAGUUUGAGGUGUAUAUGGUGUGGAUAUUUGCAGUAAUAUCAACAGCCUCCUGACCUGUCGGAACGAGCAUCCUAGCACUCGUCCAGAAGCCAAGAAACAGGGGGGGACAAAAACAAUUUCUUGUAGGAAGACAGCUGCUAGUUUGGAAUAGCAAACAAAACCAAGUUGUCGAUCGUCUAAAACUGACCAGAACCGAAGGGUGGAACCAGAAAAUACAGUACAGUCAGCUGUCUAGCUAGACCUUAAACAAGAAGGAAAUCAUAAGCUUUAUUUUUCUGAAGGAAACUGCUUGCUAUGUCGACUUGAAUAAUAAACACUUAAACAGUGAUGGCAAUGCGCUCUGUUACAGUAUGUCAGUUACAAUAUCCCAUAACACUAGCUGUAGCACAUUCAAGACCUGACAAUAUUGGAGGUCACUUCCGUGUGAAAUCCACGCGAAAAAACUAACAGAAAAAGCGUCUAAUAUGGGCUGUUACUAAAUUCAGUCCAAAGCCUGUUUCAGCACUGAAAAGAGGACCCGUUUGAGCCCACCAAAUUAUGAGUCUGGUUGCUAUACGGACCACUCCAUCUGAACGCAGCCAGCGUCCGGCUACGACACGACAGAGGCGGCGGACAAAGCAUAUCGACAGGUAAUGGCCAUUGACAA